UCAACAGAAGUUCAAAAUCAGAGAGUUUUAGAGUGAUUCGAAAACCUGUUUCUAUAAUGAGUGCCACAAAGUCGGGUUGUAAACAGCGCAGCGAGACAGAGUGUGUAUACGGUUGGAUCACCGAUCUUUGCAGCAAGCAAUCGCGCCUGUUGGCCAUGUUGGAGCUCUGCGAAAGACGCAGCCACAUCGAGAGCCUGGGUCCCUUGCUGUGGCAUUCUUUCGGAGCUGUAAGUGGCUUGCUGCAAGAGGUUGUGUCUAUCUAUCCGGCUAUCCUGGCCAACGAGCUGAACGGACAGCAAUCGCAGCGGAUUUGCGCUGCCAUCGGAUUGUUCCAGGCCAUGACCUCCCACCCCUUUAUUGGCAUUGAGCUGAUGCGCUGCCAAUUCUUAUGUUAUCUGAUUCCAUUACUUAAAUUGACCCCACAAAUUAGGACCGUUGAACAUGUUCGCCUCUCAGUUUUGGGCGUCGUCUGCGGUCUACUGAAGUCGGAUCAUCCGCAGAUCGUGGGUUACUUUCUGGGCACCGAAUUGAUUCCACUUAUCCUGCGCCAACUGGAAUUGGGUUCCAGUAUGAGUAAGGUGCUAUGUGCAUUUGUCUUGUGCCGCAUCUUGGAACACGAAGUGGGCCUGACGUUUGCCAGCCGCAGAUUGGCCCGUAGGCUGCAUCUAAUUCACACUUUGGCAAGGGUCGUGCACCAAUUGACGCUGGAACCAGAGCCUAGAGUUCUUAAACAUGUGGUUCGGGUCUAUUCCCGUCUGGCUGAUCAUCCCGAAAGUUUGCAGCUAAUCUUCAAGCACCUGCCGGCGCAGCUUCGAAACGGCUAUUUCUGUCAGGACAGUUUGCUGGGCUUCGAGAACGCCUCUCUGGAACUGGCUGAUCUGAACCGAAAGCUGGUCAACAGGGACGUGAAAAACGACACAGCUCGUAAGGAAUAAAACGCUGCCUGGAUAUAAUUUACACCUUGGCAAUUCAACCCAGACAAUUCGAUUUACCAAUAUAUGCUCAUGACCACCCAAAUACUUUAUCUGGUGCGAAAAA